AUGUCUCGGGCCACGGGGCAGAAGCAGACGUUGCCUAAUCAAAGCGGUCCUGAGGCCCGCAGAGAUGGCUGGGGUACGAGAAACAGCAACUGGAGCAGAUCAUCUCCCUACCUGGAGCCUGGGGCUUCUGGCUCCCGUGACCCACCUCUCUGCUUUCACAUGAGAAACGAUCUGAUCGGCAUUGUGAUUGGUCGCGGUGGAUCAAAAAUCAAAGAUAUUCAAGGUACAACAAAUACGCGAAUACACAUAGUAAGAGGUGAUACUGAAGCAGAAGUAAAAAUUUUUGGCAGCCAGAUCAUGAAAGCAAAGGCUAAGUCAAUUAUAGAAACUCUUAUUAAAAAACAAGAAGAAACUCACAAUUUAGAACAGGAUGCUAAUAAUAUUACUGCCCACUCUUCUGCUGGGAAAGAUUCAAGUACAGAUACGAUCAGUAGAGAAGUUAAGCCAUUUAUAGAUUGGGAUCAGGUUCGUGCAGAAUUUGUCCAGUGGGAGAGCAAAAAGUGGGCAGAUUUACCACCAAUUAAGAAGAACUUUUACAUAGAAUCUAUACCAACGUCUUCAAUGUCACAAAUCCAAGUAGAUAACUGGAGACGUGACAAUUUCAAUGUCAUGUGCGAUGACUUGAAAGAUGGCGAGAAACGUCCUAAUCCCAAUCCAACUUGUACCUUUGAAGAUGCCUUUCAAAAUUACCCUGAAAUUAUGCACAGCCUUAAAAAAGCAGGGUUUAUAAAGCCAACACCAAUCCAAGCACAAGCAUGGCCAAUUGUUUUACAAGGAAUAGAUCUCAUAGGCGUUGCCCAAACCGGAACCGGCAAAACAUUGUCCUAUCUAAUGCCUGGGUUUAUUCAUCUCGAUUCUCAACCAAUAGCUAGAGACAAAAGGAAGGGACCUGGCAUGUUGAUCCUUACACCAACCAGAGAAUUAGCUCUACAGGUAGAAGCUGAAUGUUUUAAGUAUUUGUAUAAAGGUCUUAAAAGUCUUUGUAUAUAUGGUGGUGGGAAUAGAGAAGCACAAAUACAUGACAUUGCCAACGGUGUAGAUAUCAUUAUUGCAACUCCUGCACGACUAAAUGAUCUGCAAAUGAGUAACUCUGUCAAUCUCAAAAGCAUAACCUAUUUGGUGUUAGAUGAGGCAGAUAAAAUGCUUGAUUUGGGGUUUAAAUCCCAGAUAAUAAAGAUUUUAUUAGAUGUGCGCCCAGAUAGGCAAACAGUUAUGACCAGUGCUACUUGGCCGGAUAGUGUUCGUCAACUUGCAAAAUCUUAUUUGAGAGAGCCUAUGAUUGUAUAUGUAGGAACUCUGGAUCUAGUUGCAGUAAAUACAGUACAGCAAAAUAUAAUUGUUACCACAGAAGAAGAAAAACGAUCUCUUAUCCAAAAGUUUCUGGAAAGUAUGUCACCCAAAGACAAAGUCAUCGUAUUUGUCAGCAGAAAACUUAUUGCUGAUGACUUGUCAAGUGAUUUAAGUAUCCAAGGUAUGCAUGUACAGUCACUGCAUUGUAACAGAGACCAGUGUGAUCGAGAAGAAGCAUUAGAUGAUUUUAAAAGUGGAAAAGUGAAAAUACUGAUCACUACUGAUUUAGUAUCCCGUGGUCUUGACAUUCAAGAUGUCACACACGUAUACAACUAUGAUUUCCCACAGAAUAUUGAAGAAUAUGUCCACAGAGUGGGACGUACUGGAAGAGCAGGGAGGACUGGCAUAUCAAUUACCCUUAUCACUCAAGAUGAUUUCAAGAUUGCCCCUGAACUGAUUAAAAUUCUGGAAAGAACAAAUCAGGUUGUCCCAGAAGAGCUUGUGACAAUGGCUAAAAGAGUCAAGGAACAUAAACUAAAAAAGGGGACAGAAAAAAAAUCCAAAAAAUCUCAAAGAAAAUCUGAGAAGUUGUAUUGA